CCAAGUGCGCGACCAGGGUUAGACAUUGCCGGUAAUAACCCCCGGGACGAAAGCACACACUCCACGAUACUCACUGGUCGUAGACAAUGUGGGCCCUCGUGGUGCUCGCGCUCGCCCUCGCCCUCGCCGCCGGGGCACCGGAGGCCGACAACGGCACAGCGGUGGAGGAAAGGCCUUUCGUGGCCCGAGGUAAACUGCUGGCUCCCAGCGUGGUUGGAUGAGGCAUAAAGAAAAUGCCCGAGCUCCAUCAUUUCCUCCUGGAGCGGUGGGCUUUGUACCACAACUUGGAGUACGAUUCAUCGGAGGAGAAGAACCCCCGUCUGAUAUUCUACGACGACAAGGACGAGGUUGUAAAGACUGUGCCCGUGAAGGAACUGACGGCGGAUGAGAUCAGCGGCCUGCUGGACUCGCUGGGCUUCUACAUGAGGUCCCAGAAAGGGGAAGAGGUGCCAGAGGAGUUCCAGCACUUCCCCCUGCGCGCCCCCAGGGACGAGCUGUGACGACAUCUUGUGGCCAAACCCCGCCGCUGCAACCCGGGGCCCGCAUUAAUGACGUGUGGGGCCCCAAGGGCCAAUAACCAUGAGCAAAGGCACCACUACCGAGGACUUGCUGGCCCCGGGCGCCGCGUGCGGGGGUGUUAGUCAGAGCUCUGUCGUCCAUGUUUAUUUAUAAGCUCGAUUUACAAUUAGAAUGAAAAACGGCUGUUAAAAAAACACCGCAAUAAAUAUUUUGAACGCUU